AUGGGUGAAAAGCAUCCCGUAGCUUAUACAGGACAAAAGUACGUUCAGAUUUGGCAGACGCAUUUGCUAUUUGUCAAUAAAAUGUUUGCAAAUGCAAACCUUACGGCAACACUAACCACAGCAACUGCCAUUUACAGAAAUGUGGGCAUUUACAGCGAUGAAAUGUACAAAGUUGCGUCCUUAGCCAUUACAAAGCGUCCAUCCAAUCCGUGCUGGACCCACUAUCUCUUUGCGUCACCCGGCGCAUAG